CCGCUGUUCGCCCGCGCCACUCGCCAGUAGCGCGGAAAAGCGCGUUGGCUUCAAACGCGUUGUCGUGUCGCACUUUUCUUUUUUUCCCUCUUUGUUUUGUUUCGGCACGUUUCUUCAUAACAAUAAAGUAAUCUGUUGGUGCAAAUAUCGAUGUUGCAGUACGAACGUGUUAAACAUGACCGUUGAUUGCAUUCCUUUGAAAGGAGAGUGAAAAUCCAAGAUGGCGUCAUCAGACGUGCGGGUCGCGCAGACCGAACACCUCAAACAUCCCUACCUGCUCGCGCUGGUACGCUGGCUAGUUUCUUCCUUCUGGUCUUCGGCUACUGUUCUCCUGCAUAGACUAGUGGCGGCUCCUCUUCCCCCUGUCACGGCAUUCCCAGCGCGCUGGAAGCCGCGGCCGGCGAGCUCGGACCACCUGCACCCGGAGCCGCUGGUGCAGUGCGAGGUGCUGCACACGCCGCCACACCACACCCUCGACGUCAUCUUCGUGCAUGGACUCUAUGGAUCCCUUGGCAAUACCUGGAGGCAAGGGGAAUGGAAGGCCAAGUACAAAGUGGACCCCGUUAAAGUACCUCUCAGGAGGCCCCACAGCGUAUCCUCGUGCACAUGCUCAGAUGAUAGAGAUCAGUGUAGCGAAGAAGUGAGCGACAAAGUAGAAAAAGAUGGGAGUCUAGAUGAUGAAAUAGUAGCAGAAGUCAGCGAAAACGUCUAUACGAAUAUAAAGAAGAUUAUACCUAAAGAUGAUAUUUUUAUAACGGAAAAGUUUUAUAAUAAUACUGUAUUGGAUCAGGUCGAAAUAGUCGGCAACUACGACAGCCAGGCGCAGUUCGUGAGAGAUCUGUUCGAAAACGACAGCGACGUGAAGAUGAACGAUAAGAUGAAGAAGUGCGACGAGAACAUCAACUGCGAGGUGAACUGCGACAAAUCGAACGACUGUCAGUGUAGACGAGACGACUCCGACAGAACUCAAGGUUGCAACAGAUGUAGUGAAGUUAGCGAUAGUGAGAAGUGCGAAGCUGGCUGCGGGUGCAUCUGCGACGAGUGCUACUCGUCGUGCUGGCCGCGGGACUGGGUACCGGCGGACCACCCCGGCGCCAGGGUCAUCUCCAUCAACUACACCAGUGACCCCCACUUGUGGCGCCCGCUGUGGAUCAAGCCGAGCAAACGGCUCCAACUACACGAGCGCGCGGAACAGAUGAUGAGUCAGCUGAUGGAGCUGGGGGUGGGGGAGAGACCCAUCAUCUGGGUGGGACACUCCAAAGGUGGCCUGUUCAUUAAGCAGAUGUACUGUGAAGGUUAUGCAGCGUACAUGAAAAUGAAGUCAAGCACGAUGACUCCGGAGGAGGCCGAAAACUUUAAAAACGAACAAACAGCGAAAACGACAGAUGCAGACAAUAUGUUAAAUAACAAUCGUGAUAAUAGUACAGGGUUAAUAGGUGAUAAUGUAAAUAGUUACUGCAAUAAUGGAAACACUGACGAGGAGAAUGAAUUCAUUAUAGAUUGUAUUAGUAACGAAGUUACCAACAAUGGGAGGAUGGACAAUUUGAAUAAGAAUAAUUACUUGUACACGAGCGACAAUUACAAUAAUAAUGUAAAUUAUAGAUUUUUUAAUAAUGCAGACGAGGCUGUGAGUCUCGAUAAUGUUAGCGUGAGAUGUGAUAGAGAAGAGCAUUUAGAAGACAUUCCAGUAUUUAAUGAUAAUUCCUUCAACGACCAAGAGGAACUGGUGAAGCGAUCUCAGUUCUGGACGCGGAGUGCUGGGUUCAUGUUUUACUCGGUGCCGCACCGGGGCUCACCGCUCGCCGACAUCAAGACACCCAUCACGGCACGCAGCAUCGAGCUCAUGGAGAUUGCUAAAGACUGCCAGCUGGUGCUGUCGCUGCAGGCGCGAUGGGCUGCGGCGGCGGGGAGCGCGCGGCCGGCGGUGCGCAGCGUCGUGGAGACCUGCACCACCCUCAUGUCCGUGCUCUGGCUCAGGAUCGUCAGCGUCGACUCCGCCGAUCCAGGCAUCGGUUCCCUGUACGGCGUGAACGUGGACCACCGCGAGAUCUGCAAGCCCUCCAGCCGCCGCUGCCUGCUGUACCAGGAGCUCAUGGCGCUCAUGAGCACCGCCCUCGGGAGCUACGCCCGCAGCGAGUGAACUGUGGGCUUGCGAACUAUGCAAAUUGCAAUCAGUGGCUUUCUGGUUUCUACUACCUGCUCUACCCGGAGCUCAAGAGCGUCGCACUCAACUGCUCAAUUCUACCUCCACGAGAUCUGCAAGCAUGGAGGGCUGGGGCUGCCACUGCGCAGAAGCAACUGUGAGGUCUCCAAACCUUUCAAUUCUCUCUGGCGGUUGUACCAGGGGCUCAUAGAGUGAACUGCAGAGUGCAGAGCUAUCAGCUAGCUCAGAACAAGCAGAAGCAAGCGACACUGUUCACUGUUGUAACGACAGGCGUCAGACAGGAAAUUACUGCGUCAGUCAUUCAAAUGCUCUCGGCAUUUGAAUGACUGACGCAGUAAUUUUCAUAAGGAAGUAGCCUGAAGUAUCAUCUCCUGAGGGGUUAGUGCGAGUUUCAUUCGAUCAUACGCAUCGAGCACGUAAAC